AUGACUACUGAGGCGAUUAUAGCUGCUCUAAAUCGUUUUAUUGCUACUCGAGGCCUUUGCACAGAUGUCUACAGCAAUAAUGUUACCACAUCCGUAGGUGCAAAUGCACUUUUGGCCAGCGAACGAGAAGUUUUGAAAGCUCAACUUCAAGCAGCUGCGUCGUACACUUCUCGUCGGGAAAUAAACUGGCAUUUCAUACCACCUGCCGCCCCUAACUUUGGGGGGAUAUGGGAGGCUGCAGUGAAAAGCAUGAAGCUGCACCUAAAACGAGUAGUUGGACAAGCAACUUUAACUUUUGAGGAGCUGUACACCAUACUAAAACAAAUUGAAGCCUGCCUCAAUUCCCGGCCGCUAACCGCGCUCACUGAUGAUCCCGACGAUCUCACGGUGUUAACUCCGGGGCACUUCUUGGUCGGCAGAUCUCUUACAACCAGCCCGGAAGGAUAUUCAUUUAACGCUAAUAUGAUACGUAAGUGA